AGCGAAUUGUGAUUCAACAUGGAUGACAGACUUCAUAGUGUAAAAGUCUAUGUCAUGAAAGAAGAUGAGCAAUGGGAACAUAUAUGCUCAGGUCAAAUUUCAACCAAAUACAUCGGACGGCUUGAGAGUGUAUGUCUACUUGUUCAUUCAGAAUUAGAUGGCUCUCUGCUAAUAGAAAACAAAAUUAAUCCUGGUAUGACCUAUAAGAAAUACCAAACGAAUUUAAUUAUUUGGACUGACGCUAAUAACAAAACUAUGGCACUAUGUUUCUCAGAGCCAGAUGGCUGUCAAGAUAUCUGGAAUGAUAUCUGCCAGGUUCUAGGAAAAGACCCAAGUGACCAGAUCCCUCAAGAGCUUACAGAGGAGAAUGACAGUUUUCAAGAACUGUCCAAGAUUGAGAAUCUGUUUCAGAUGCUGAAAUGUGAGCUAGGUAAACUUGACAACAUUGCAGAUUUAUUUAAUAUUGUAGAAGAAUCGCCAUGCCUCAAGGAACGGCUGGCUCUGCUCUUGGAAAGUGAAGAUUACAUCAAAAUGUUGCUAGAGAUGUUCCACACUUGCGAGGAACAGCAGAACAUGGAAAGUUUACAGGUUUUACAUGUCAUUAUUAAAAGAAUCUUAUUUCUCAACAAUUCACGUUUAUUUAAUAUUAUGUUUUCUGAGGAAUAUGUCAUGGAUGUAAUAGGAUGCCUUGAGUAUGACCCUAGUUUGGAUCAGCCAUAUCAGCACAGGAAAUUCUUGACCAAAAGUGCAAAAUUCAAAGAAGUUAUGCCAAUAACACACCCUAAACUUAAGCAAAAAAUACACCAGACCUACAGAAUGCAAUAUAUUCAUGACAUUCUAUUACCUACAUCAUCCAAAUUUCAAGAGGAUUGGCUUUCUGAUCUUACAACCUUUAUUUUUUCCAAUAAAAUUGAAAUAAUUAACAUGCUGCAUGAAGAUGAAAUGUUUUUGCAUGAAGCUUUUAGUGAGUUAAAAGAUAACACUGUCGGUGAUGAAAGACGGAGGGAAUUGUUAUUUUUCUUUAAGGAGUUCUUUGAAUUUGCUAAGAUAUUAAGUUUUCAGAAGAAGGAUGUGUUACUGAAAACAGUGAUAAAGCUAGGAAUCAUGAGUGCUCUGAAAGUUUCAGUAUGUAUGCAAGACAACCAAAUAAAAGUAGCUGCUCUAGAUAUCUUUACUUAUCUAGUAGAAUUUAAUCCACGAAUAGUCAGAGUGUAUGCAGUGGAAGAAGCUGAGGACAGUGAAAAUGAGGAUGACUUUCUCCUCAAUAUAAUGAUCAAACAAAUCAUCUGUGAUCCUGAUCCCGAAUCUUCUCAUGUUUUAAGUUUGACAGCAGUUCUCCGUGCUCUUCUUGACCCGCAAAACAUGUUUGUAACAGCUAAUAGAUAUGAAAGAAGAGAAUUUAUGAAUUACUUCUAUACACAUUGCAUAGAUAACUUGGCAGCACCAAUUUUGUCUAUCACAGGACAAAAUGAUAGUGGUGAUAACAUAAUCAACAUCUAUUCUGAUAAAGACCAAAAUCCACAAUUGCUUGGAGUAGUUUUGGAAUUGCUCAGCUUUUGUUUACAAAACCACACAACCUAUAUCAAAAAUUAUAUUUUGAGCAACAACUUGCUCAGCAGAAUCUUGGUGCUGAUGAGUUCAAAGCACACUUUUCUUGUUUUGUGUGCUCUGAGAUUUAUGAGACAGAUGAUUGGCUUUAAAGAUGAAAUUUAUAAUCUUUACAUAAUGAGGAAAAAUCUUUUUAAACCUGUUAUAGAUGCUUUUCUUCGUAAUGGAAAACGAUACAAUAUGUUAAACUCAGCUAUUAUUGAACUAUUUGAAUUUAUUAGAGUGGAAAACAUCAAGUCUCUUAUUGCAAACAUUGUGAAAAAUUUUUUUACAGCUUUUGAUUCAAUUGAGUAUGUACAGACAUUUAAAGGUUUGAAAAUUAAAUUUGAAGAACAGAAGGAAAGAGAAAGUCAAGUAAGAAAAAACUUACAUGAGAAAGCUAUGGAGGUAAAUGUAAAGGAGGAAAUGUGUCCUAGAGUAAAUACUGAAGCUGUUAUGCCAUUGGAAGUGGACUUUCUAAGUUCUUAUGACACGUUUACGCAAAUAAAAGAGACAAGUGAAGAUGAAGUAGAACAGUUAGAAGAAAAUUCAUUUGAAUUUGACUGUUCAUUUCAGUCUGAGGCUUUUGCUAGAAGAAGGAGUAGGCCACUACACUGUAGCAUGAGGAUUCCAUUAGUGGACUACUCAGAUGAUGAAGAUGACGAUGACAGUGAUGAUCAUCAGGAUGAUGAAGAGGAAGAAGAAGAACCUCCCCCCAAAAGACCUAAUCUUGGUUCAUAA